AUGCUCUUUACAACACAGAACCCUGCGGCCAUUGCCGGUCUUUGCAUCGGUCUCGGACUCUUUGCUAUCGUAGUCCGUGCCUUGGCCAACCCUCUGAAGAAGGUGCCAGGACCGUGGCACAGUACUUUCACAAGACUUCCCCUCAAGCUAGCGAUCAUCAGAGGACGCCGCAUCUACUAUAUCGAUGCGCUUCAUACCAAGUAUGGACCAUAUGUCCGCGUCGCCCCGAACGAGAUUGCCGUCAGCGACAUCGAGGGGUUUUCACAGAUCCACCGCAUUGGAACGGACUUCAUGAAAUCGGAAUGGUAUCACAAGUUUACUGCUCAAGGCGAUAAAUACUCGCUCCUGACGAUGACGAACGCAAAAGAACACGGUGCCAGACGACGCAUGUUUUCGCGACCACUCAGCCACAACUUUCUAUUCGAGCAUUGGCAUGGUACAGUCAAGGAGAUGACUACACUCGCCAUACGCUCGAUGCGUGAUGAAGCAACAAGCAAGGGCAAAACGAACGCCUUAAUGUGGUUCACUUUGAUGGCUUCAGACGUUGUGGGAUCACUCAUGCAAGGAGAGAGCUUUGGUGGCCUACAGCUAGGAGGCAUCUCGGAGUUGGUUGAUAUCGUCCUGGAACGGGUAAAGAUCGGGACGAUAGCCUAUGAGAUACCCAUCAUCAGGUCCAUACAACACCUGCUGGAAUACAUACGACUACCUAGGGCUUAUAUCCCACAAAUCUUCCACUCGCACUCCGACAUAGCGAACGUUGCAAAAUUCAGCGUUGAGAGUAUUCAGAAUAGCGAUCAUACAAAGAACGUCUUCUCGAACAUUGCUGUCGAAGCGGAGAAGGGCGAGAAGCUGGAUAUCCCUGACAUGGUGAAUGAGGCCAUCACAUUCAUUAUUGCUGGAACCGAUACCACGGCGGUCACUCUGACAUAUCUCCUAUGGCUGGUUCUUUCGCGGCCCGAGUUACAAGCAAAGCUGGAGAACGAGACCGCCACGUUGCCUGUGAAUUUCGCCGAAUCAGACGUGGAGAAACUUCCGUUGCUGAAUGCCGUCAUCUCAGAGACACUCCGUCUACAUACUCCCGCUCCAGGUGCACUGCCUAGAAUUGUCCCACCCGGUGGAGCCAUUAUGGGAAGCAUCCCGAUUCCCGCUGGAACUAUAGCCACCACGCAGGCGUACACCUACCACCGAAACGCAACUCUCUUCCCCGAACCUUAUGAAUUCCUCCCCUCCCGAUGGCUCAACGACGAAGUCUCCCCAGAAGCGAAGAAGGUCUUCCAUCCUCUUGGCUCCGGCUCUCGUAUCUGUGUGGGCAUGCAUCUCGCAUACAUGGAGCUCCGCCUCGCGAGUGCUGAGUUCUUCCGAGUCUGCAAAGGAGCUUGUCUGGCGGCUUCGGUGACGGAUGAGUCGAUGGAGAUGGAGAACCACUUCUUGAUGGCGCCGCGAGGGCAUAAGUUGGAGAUCGUGUUACCCAAGAAGUGA